AUGAAACAUCUACACGACUGCGAACAUCAUGUUUGCCCAGAAGGGUAUAUCAAAUGUCCCCGUUCUUACUGUAUCCCGGUUCAUUACUUUCAGAACAAGGAGUACGACUGUCCAAGAGGAGAAGAUGAACUAGACGUGUUAAUCAACUGUCCAGGCUACUUUGUCUGUGCGUCAAGUAACAUUUGUCUACACCCAGACCACGUCUGUGAUGACUAUCUGCACUGCCCAGAAGGGGACGAUGAGUUGAAUUGUCUCGUUACUUGUAGAAGUGGCUUUCAGUGUUUAGGAGGCGCUGUAACUUUAGACGGAUAUGACGUGUCUAUUCCGUUAACUGAUUUCAGGUUUGUGGACUCGCGAACGCGAUACCUGGACGUUUCCGGUGUCAACAUCUCUGCAGUGUUUCCAUCAUUUCCAAGAGGACACUUUUAUAACUUGCUGAAAGCCACUUUCUCUGGAUGUAGUAUCACCCACAUCGACGCCACACCAUCUUCGCAGAACCAGCUUCGUUCGAUGUUGUGGAUAGACCUAAGCUACAAUUUCAUUCAAAGUGUGUCGGUCACCAGCAUAUUUAGAUACAUGAUCGGUCUGCGUACCGUAAAUCUAAGUUACAACCCCUAUCUCGUUUAUAUGCACAACGAUGCCUUUAGCACCUACUCAACAACAUCAGCCAUUGUUGAAAUUGAUUUGUCCAACACGGGUCUUAGUGCCAUUAACUCAGCCAUCUUUGUCCCGUUAAACAACCUUGAACGUUUGUUUCUCAGAAACACCCCGCUAUCUGAGAUUCGGGGUGAUAUGUUUCCCGCGGGAUUCGUGCUCCAGCAACUGGACUUACGAGGGGUUGUUGUUCAACACCUCUAUGCCAACAUGUUCACGAAUGUUAUUAUAGAACAAAGCCUGUUCACAGAUACUUUCAAACUGUGCUGCCCGCAACUUCAUAAUAAAAACACCCCAGCCGGCUACUGCAAAGCUCCUCGGGAUCCUUUUUCUUCUUGCGCUGAUCUAAUCAGCGAGCAAAUCCUUCGCAUUCUUCUUUGGGUUAACGGUUUCCUGGCUCUCAUAGGCAACAUUUCAGUAAUUAUAUAUCGACUGCUUUUCGAAAAGAAGAUUCUUAGAAUGGCAUACGGUCACUUUGUGACACACCUCAGCUUCUCGGAUUUGCUAAUGGGUAUUUAUCUGAUCAUCAUUGCUGCUGCAGAUACGUACUACCGUGGGAGUUACGUGUGGGACGAGCUCCAGUGGAGAAGCAGCGCUGCGUGUAAAGUUUCAGGAUUUCUAUCAACACUAUCCAACGAGACCUCCACGAUUUUCAUUACACUCAUCACACUGGACAGAUUCCUGGUCAUUAGAUUCCCCUUUGGGCAGCUGAGAAUAUCCGGCAAGCUUAUCAAUAUCCUAUGCAUUUUGAGCUGGGCUUUAGGCUUUCUAAUUGCCACAGUACCACUACUGCCGCCCUUUGACCAUUGGACCAUCUAUAACUCUAAUGGGAUGUGUCUUGGCCUUCCACUGACCAACAGAAGACAACCGGGCUGGCAGUUUUCAACAACCAUCUUUAUAUUCCUAAACUUUUUCUUGUUUAUGUUUAUCGCUAUCGGGCAGGUUGUCAUAUACAGGACAAUGUCAGAUACAAGGAUAAACAAGGCUAACAUCACCAACGCCAGUAGCAGGCGCGCCCAAGAUUUAGCGAUAGCCAAACACUUAUCCUUGAUCGCAAUCACUGACUUUCUAUGUUGGUGUCCAGUUGGAGUGAUAGGUCUUCUGGCACUAGACGGCCAUGAUAUCUCUAUGGAAGCCUAUGCCUGGUUGGCAGUGUUGGUUCUGCCGGUUAACUCCGCACUCAAUCCACUUCUCUACACAAUUCCCGCGGUCAUGAAAAAAUGGCGACUGUUUAAAGCGGAUACUUCUUGUUAUGUGACGACAAACUCAUAA